AUGGCGUUCGAACAAGAAGUUUAUUGCGCAACUUGCGGCGCUGAGUUCACCCAGCUCAGGGAUCUCGAGUUUCAUCAGUCUGUUCACGACGUCAAAUUCGGUACUUCUGAACUGGACAAACUCUGGCAUAAAGACCAGACUGGUGCUGAGGAGGUCACAAAGAUCUCAAAGCCUUGUCCUAAAUGCCGCGCACCUCUUCAGAAGAACAACACCGGCGAUCAGAUGAUCUGUCCCAGAUGCCCUCCCCAACAUGACGAAGCUUCCUACCCCAAUCCUAUGGUCCGCCACGGCAACUACUACGAUUACCCUGCCAUCAACAACACCAUGCAGGCUAGUGGCGCCCUAGUCCAUGGCACUGUCCCUCAGCGCGGCCAUGAAUCCACCGCUGGCCCUACUGCCUUCUGGCAACUCCCUCCUCUUCUUCAUAACGACACCACCAACGGCCAGCAGCAGCAAGUCUACGCUAGACCCGAGGAUGUGUAUCAUCUUUAUGGCUCCCUGCCGCGACAACUGCCAGCCUUGGAGGCACCGGGCGAUGCCGGAGUUGAGGAUUCCCCUGAUCAAACCUCCAACAACCAGCAUGUCAGCGAAAUGGACGACGAGCGCUCGACAGAAAUGGAAAGGAAUGAGUAUUGCUCUGGAGAGCGAUUGGUACCAGGGAGGAAGCAUAAGAUUGCAAAGGAAAAGGAUAGUGGCCAUGGGAGUAAGAGGGAUUGGAGCGUUAUGCGUUUCGGGCACACCAAAGGACGGAGAGCAGGAGCACGAGAGGAACAAGAAAGAGAACACCGGAGCCCUCGAUCAUUUGAGCUGCUUUACACGCAAAUUCCGACUUUUCUUACACCACACUACAACAUCAACAUGACCACCAUCAAGCGCACCACUAGGUCCUCGAAGUGGCCCUACAACAGCCACUUCGAGGACGCCCUCCUCACCAUAAAGAAGCGAAACCGCAUCGAGGCCGCCAACGCACGCAUCCUAAGGAACUAUAGGGAUGCCCUUAAUGCACGUGCCAUUAUCGAGGCCGCAGAGUACGUCGAGCGCAUCACUAAGAUGGCUCAAUUCAAACUCUCACUGGACCAGUUGAUUGGAACGAAUAUCAUCGUGCAUUUUCACAAGCGUAAUAUGUUGAGCAGUGCCGCCCGAGUAGUAAGUCCACAAUACCAUACGCCUGUUGCCAUUCGAAAGCAUUUCUCGGAGCACUAUCCGCUUCACGUCUACUUCAAAGUCGACAAGCUGAGAGUUCCCACGCUCGAGGAAGCGAUCCGUGAAUAUGAGCUCGCCAAAGCAGCACUAUUCGCCCAUCAACAUCAAGAGGAAACGUCCCUGGAUCAGCGCCAGACGAUUCCGUGA